CUAACAGCGCCUACAAAUGGAAUUGGUUGAUUUCUAUUGGACAAGCAGCUUAGUCUUUGUCUGGAUCAUCCAAUCACAAGCGAGAAAACAAAAUUAACCCGGAAAUAGUUAACCCAAAGAGUUUACCGCGAAAUUGAGCAGACAGACGGGGACGGGAGAAGACAAAAAACGAACAAACACGGAACCGACUGAAAAAGUAGUAUUGCAUAGAUAUUAUUAUCAUAUUAUACACCCCGGCUGUCCGGUACAUACCGGUCAACUUGACUGACUACUAAUGGACGAGUAUGACGAGAUGUUCGGGAUAGAGGACGAGUAUGAACAACAGUUCGCUGAUGAGCUUGAGGUCCUGGCUGAGAUGGACUUUAAUCCAGCUCCUUCCACUAAGCGGUCAGAGUUCCGGAAGCAGAAGCCUCAGUCGUUCCAGGAAGCCAUCACCGCUGGUGACCAGCCACUCAGGAGCCAAUCACAGGCAUCGUCAGAACGGAGCCUCGGCCAAUUGGAAGGCCCGUCUGUGGCGUGUGACGGAGAGGACAUAGAACACCUGCUGGCGGACGAGCCAAUCACUCCCAAGGCUAAGCGUCUGAGGCAGGAUGUGGCUAAGAAGCUGUUUGAGGUGUCUCAGGUUGAUGACAUCACCCCCCCGUCGUCUCCAGAGGAGUUCCAUCGAACCCCGAGCAGCAGACCCCAGCUAAUCCCGGUGAUCUUGGACAUCAGUGGCUUCGCAGCCAUCCAGGAGUCUCCUCGGAGAGUCACCGCGGCAACGUCGUGUCACGUUCUGAAGCGCCCCCCGACCGAGGGGGGAUACGUUAGCGUGACGGACCAGACAGGAAACCGCGUCUACCUCCGACAGACAGACGACCUGAGGGGAAAGGCUGUGGACCCCAGUGCUUUUCGUAGCUCCCAUAAUGCAUUGGGUUUGCUGGCUGUUCCCAUCGAGGUACUGAGAGAACAGGUGGCCGAGAAGCGUCAUCGCCAAGUGGUGGAGGAAUCUCAGCGCCUAACAGAGCGACUCAACAGUCAAGUGGAUGAAGAGUUUGGAGAGCUGGACGGUAGACAGAGAGAAGAGGGGGAUCGAGAGGAGGAGGAGGAAUCUUCUCGUCUCUGGGUGGAUCAGUUUUCUCCUCAACACUACACUGAUCUACUCAGCGACGACUUCACCAACCGCUGUCUGCUGAAGUGGCUGAAGCUGUGGGACCAGGUGGUGUUUGGACGAGAGAGGAAGACACGCCCACCCCCAGCCGAGAGGCCCGACCAGAACACAGACAAUCAGGACCAGGGACGCUUCAAUAAGGGCCGGGGUCGCUUUAAUUCCACCAACCGGAGCCAGGGGAACUUUAAUCAAGCCAAUCAGAAAUUUAAGACCAAGAGUCAGAUCACUGAGGAGCUUCUGGAGGCUGAACUGGACCAAUACAAAAGGCCCAAAUACAAGGUGGUGCUGCUCUCCGGUCCUCCGGGUUUAGGGAAGACCACUCUAGCCCACAUCAUCGCUAAGCAUGCUGGGUACAACGUGGUGGAAAUUAACGCCAGUGAUGACCGCAGUGCGGAGCUGUUCCAGAAGCGUAUCGACACAGCGACCCAGAUGAGGUCAGUGCUGGGAGCCAAUGAGAAGCCUAACUGCCUCAUCAUCGACGAGAUCGACGGAGCGCCCGCCGCUGCCAUCAGCAUCCUAUUGGCCACUCUGAACAGGAAGGACAGCCAGGGGGCGGAGUCAGAGGCGGAGCCUCUAAAGAAGAAGAAGAAAAAAGAGUCGGUCCUCCUCCGACCAAUCAUCUGCAUCUGUAACGACCUGUAUGUUCCAGCCCUGAGGCCUCUGAGGCAGCAGGCGUUCCUAUUGGCCUUCCCCCAGACACAGCCUUCCCGCCUGGCACAGAGACUGGCUGAGAUCUCCAGGGGCCAGGGUAUGAAGGCUGACAUGGGGACUCUGAUGGCUCUCUGUGAGAAGACGGACAACGACAUCAGAUCCUGCAUAAACACACUGCAGUUCCUCCACGGUCGAGGUUAGAGACAGCUGGACGUGUUAAUGUGUUGUAGUUCCUCCACGGUCGAGGUUAGAGACAGCUGGACGUGUUAAUGUGUUGUAGUUCCUCCACGGUCGAGGUUAGAGACAGCUGGACGUGUUCAUG